CUUUAGUGAAAAUGGCAAAACGCACUAAAAAGGUCGGAAUCACCGGCAAAUAUGGUACCCGUUACGGUGCCUCUUUGCGUAAAAUGGUCAAGAAAAUGGAAGUGACCCAGCACGCAAAAUACACUUGCUCAUUUUGCGGAAAGGACGCCAUGAAGCGCUCCUGUGUUGGCAUCUGGGCUUGCAAGCGUUGCAAGAGGACCGUAGCCGGGGGUGCCUGGGUAUUCUCCACCACCGCUGCCUCUUCAUGCAGAUCUGCAGUCAGGAGGUUGCGUGAGGUCAAGUAAAUCUGACAUUUAGACUAAGGCAAUAAAAAC